AUGACAUCCACUGGCAGCAGCAAGGCCGAUGAUGCCCUUUCCAAGCAAUAUGGGGGUUCUCACAUUCAUGGCUGGAUCGAGCGUCUCCCUACAUCAUGGAUUCCUUUCAUUCAGCUCGCACGUCUCAGCCCGCCGGCCGCACUCUUCCUGAUCUACUUCCCUCACUUGUUUGGUGUCCUGCACGCGGCACACAGGCUGCCCCAAGGGACCUUGGUUUCCGACCUCGUGCGCACAGGAGCCCUGCUUUUCGGCGGCAGCUUCUUCUUCUCCAACGCUGCCCACUCCUGGAACGACCUUAUCGAUGCGCCUAUCGACAAGCAAGUGGUUCGGUCGAAAAACCGGCCCAUCGCAGCCGGGGCUGCCACCUUCCUCCUGGUCCUCAGACCUGAGACCGGAAUUGCGACGAUUCCGACCAUCAUAGGGACUGUGUACUACCCCUGGGCAAAACUACACACCUACUUUCCCCACCAUCUAUCAGCACUGGCAGGGUUUCGCCUGACAGCAAACGCCACAACAGUCGAUUGGGAUCGGCCCGUGGUUGCUACAACAGCGGUGGCCACAAACAUGGAGUUCUCGGAUUACGACCAGAUCAUCACCUUAUCGUUCAAAGACAGCCUAGCUUGUUGA